UAGUGCAUGGAAGCAAACUAAAGACUCUCGCAUCCUUCCAGCAGAAAUCUGUGGAUAAAAAUCCUCCUACUUUUUUUCUCUUCCUGCACUUGCUUUGGAGUUCCCCGCUGAAUCCCGGCAGGAGACUGAGUCUGGAUAUUUCAUGUUGUGGAAUGGUUCAAUCGGGAGCGAGAGAAAAUCAAAGUUUGUUUUGUGAUGCAAAGGCACGCGCGGCUUUCAUUAUGGAUGUUAUUCCUGUCUGAAGACGUGCAGGGCCCCAGUGGAUUCGGCACUGAAUGAAGAAACAAGCUGUUCAAUACGGAUAAACCUCAGCAAAACCCGCGCUUAUUUUAUUCACUAUGAAGUCUCAGUGUCGCUUCGUUAUGCUUGUAAGACACUCCAAAGUCGUUAGGCAUUUUUUGGGAAACGUUGAGGAAUGUGUGCGACUCACGCGCUCCAUCUGAGAGAAGGCCAGCUCCAGGCUCCGUGUACAAGUGAUCUGAUGAUGAUGAUGAUGAUGGUCAAACUCCGCUAAAGUGAAAGCGUGUGUGUGCGUGUGUGUGCGUGUGUGAUUAUUAUUUUUUUGCUCUUGGUUCUUGGAAGCUCGAUCCAAACACUGGCGGGGUGUCGAGCACCGUGCAGCUUUGAAGAUAAUGAAAGAGAAGUCGAAAAAUGCGGCCCGGACUCGGCGGGAGAAGGAGAACAGUGAGUUUUAUGAGCUGGCCAAGCUGCUGCCGCUGCCCUCCGCCAUCACGUCUCAGCUCGAUAAAGCGUCCAUCAUCCGCCUGACCACCAGCUACCUGAAAAUGAGACUGGUGUUUCCUGAAGGUUUGGGGGAAUCAUGGGGCCACGUGAGCAGAGCCAGCUCUCUGGACAAUGUGGGCCGUGAGCUCGGAUCCCAUUUACUACAGACUUUGGACGGGUUUAUUUUCGUAGUCGCCCCGGAUGGAAAGAUCAUGUACAUUUCUGAGACUGCUUCUGUGCAUUUAGGCCUGUCCCAGGUAGAGCUGACGGGGAACAGUAUUUAUGAGUACAUCCACCCCGCUGAUCAUGAUGAGAUGACCGCAGUGCUCACCGCGCACCAGCCUUACCAUUCUCACUUCGUACAGGAGUAUGAGAUGGAGCGCUCUUUCUUUUUGAGAAUGAAAUGCGUCCUGGCCAAAAGAAACGCAGGCUUGACGUGCGGCGGCUAUAAGGUGAUCCAUUGCAGUGGCUACCUAAAAAUCCGGCAGUACAGUUUAGACAUGUCUCUGUUUGACGGCUGCUAUCAGAACGUGGGUCUGGUCGCCGUGGGUCACUCAUUGCCUCCCAGUGCGGUGACGGAGAUCAAGCUCCACAGCAACAUGUUCAUGUUCAGAGCCAGCCUGGAUAUGAAGCUCAUCUUCCUUGACUCCAGGGUGGCGGAGCUUACUGGCUAUGAGCCACAGGAUUUAAUAGAGAAGACUCUUUACCAUCACGUCCACAGCUGUGACACCUUUCACCUACGCUGUGCACACCACUUGUUGUUGGUGAAGGGUCAGGUCACUACAAAGUACUACAGGUUUUUGGCUAAGGAAGGCGGCUGGGUGUGGGUGCAGAGCUAUGCAACCAUUGUGCACAACAGCAGAUCCUCCAGACCUCACUGUAUUGUCAGUGUGAACUAUGUCCUCACGGAAACUGAGUAUAAAGGUCUACAGCUGUCCUUAGACCAAGCGGCAUCCAACAAACCAUCGUUCACCUACAGUAGCCCAUCCAACCCGGUCAGCGACAGCAGGAAGGCGAGUAAAAGCAGAGUGUCGCGCACCAAACCCAAAACACGCCUCUCUCCAUACCCACACUACCCAGGCUUCCACACUGAGCGCUCCGAAUCUGAUCAGGACAGCAGCCCAUGGGGUGGGAGUCCCCUGACUGACUCUGCCUCCCCACAGCUAUUAGAUCAAAGUGAAAGCAUGGAUGCGUCUUGUGUGUACCGCCAGUUUCCAGAACCCCGCCCUCUGUGCUACAGCCUGCCUCUGUCUGAGGAGCAUCACACCUCCAGUGAUCAUCAAGGUCACAGUCAUUCUCAGGCCUGUGAGCGUGGCCGCUGUGAAGCUGGCAGGUACUUCCUGGGUACUCCACAGACUGGGCGUGAGGCAUGGUGGGGCGCCGCUCGCUCUCUCCUGCCUCUACCUAAAUCUCCACCUGAGAAUGGAGAUGGGUAUGAGUGUGCGAUGCCCCACAUCACCUCCAUCCACAGCCUACAUGUGAGAGGCCACUGGGAUGAGGACAGCACGGUCAGCUCUCCAGAUGCUGGCUCAGCCAGUGACUCAGGCGACCGAUACCGAAUUGAGCACUUCCGCUCGAGUCCGCAAGAGCCCAGUAAGAUUGAGACACUGAUCCGGGCCACACAGCAGAUGAUAAAAGAGGAGGAGAACCGGCUGCAGCUGAGGAAGAGUGGUACCGAACCUAAUCUAGGGCCUGCCAAUGGUCUAGCAAAGAGCACCAGCUCCUGCUUCAGUAAUGAGUUUGCCCAGUCAGCGCUACCGGGAGUUGUGUGUCGCGGUUCAGCUCAGGUGAUCAGCCCUGCCCCCAGCCCCACCCCUCUGUCUCGUCUCAGCAGCCCCAGCUCUGAGAGGUUGGCCAAAGCCAAAGACUUCCUGCAAACUGAUCUUUCUUCUCCGCAGCAGCAACAGCAGCAACAGAUGGGCCUUGCAGGCUCCUGCGCCAUCUCUCCCACCCCUGCACUCUACCCUUCUCAUCCACGCCAGUAUCUGGACAAACACACAGCCUACUCACUCAGCGGCUACACACUGGAGCACCUCUAUGAGGCGGACAGCUUCAGAGGAUAUGCACUAGGCUGCGCAAGCUCCUCCCACUACGACAUGACCUCUCAUCUGCGCAUGCAAGCCGAGCAAACCACCAGCCAUAAAGGGACCUCCGUCAUCAUCUCCAAUGGCAGCUGACGCUCAGACCCUGACUAUGUCUCCCAAAAGAGACAAAACACUCAAUAGUUCUGUAGUUUCCUCUUCUGAGAUCGGUUAUGUUUAUAUUUGCAUUGCUUAGAAGGAUUCUAGACCUCUGUAUUAAGGUAACUCCAUUCAUGCAUUUAAAGUACUGAUGAUUCAGAGGAACAAUAUUUAAACAAACAAAAAAUAUUUUACAAGAGUAGCUGUUUAAGGAGGUUUUUAUGUCACAAAUUUGAAAAAGGAAGUGACUGGUCAAGGGGAAAGACUAAUAUUAUAAACAGGGCUAUGACCCAAUGAGAAAAAAGACAAAAAUCAUAGUUAUUGAUGAAUACAAGUUGCGAUUAUCUCCUCAAAAAAUGUAAGUGCAUCAAAUGUUUGUUUUUUUAUGAGUAUUUUUUAUGUUUGUUUUUUAACUUAUACAAAGGAUUGAAUAAUCUAAUUGUCUUUAAUGAUUCUGGUGAUUUGAGUGACAUGAGUUACUUUUAACCUUUUGCAUUUGAGUGCUCUUGCUCCCAUUUCAUGUCCCAUUCAUUGUUUUCACAAGCAAAUGAAUUAGUCUCUUUUUAAAUACAAGCCACUUUCCAUGUAUGAUGAAGAAAAAAUGAGACAAACAAAUAUCUGACACAUCGUAUCUGAAUCUAGCAGUAAUCUGACCUUACAUUAAAGGUUUACAAUAA